AUGCCUUUCGUGCAGCGCGUCGUCGAACCGCGCGAUUUGAGCAAAACGAGUUUAAAGGAUGAAAGAGGCAGAAAUUUAGUGGAAGACGAUGAAUUGCAAGCCGUCGCCAAUAACACUUUGAGCAACGCUCUGAGACAGUUGGCUUCUUUGGUCUUAGCCGCAACCGAUGUCUUCGCCGAACUCACGGUGCAAUUGGAUGAUGUCGGGGAACGGUCGAAGGCGCUCAAGACGCGCAUGGACGCCAUCGAGGUGGCCGUCAGAGGAUACGACCCGAAGAAAGUCCCAGUCCGUAAGUGGAAGAAAUAUAUUUAUACAUUAUUAUUCGGGUUCGUCGUGGCGAAGGUCGUUAUUAACACCUUGACUUUGUAUGGACAAUCGGGCAGCGCGAUGUCCAUUUUCAAUUGA